UUCAUGUCCCCCUACGUCCCCCAUCUCCCCGUGUUCCCAUAUCAGCUGUGUACCCAAUGUCCCUCAGUAGCCUCUUCCCAGCUGUGUCUCCUAUGUCCCUCAUGUCCAGAUAUCCCCUGUCCCUCUGUGUCCUCCAUUCUCAUAUAUCCCCUGUAUUCCCCUUGUCCCGUGUCUCUGUAUCAGCUCUGUACACAGUGUCCCUGAUGUUCCUGUGUCCCCCGUAUUCCUAUAUCCCCUGUACCCCCCAUGUCCCCCGUGUCCUCCAUGUCCAGACUAUGCAGCCACAUGUGUCCCCUGUCCUGUCCCCAGUGCACUGGGGCUGGCUCGACUCCGUGAGGACGUGGCCUGAGGGGCACACGAGUGGCACACAGUCUCCGGUGGGGUGGAGGUGGCUUCGGGGUGCGGGGGGCUCAUGACCCCCCUUCGCCGUGUCCCGGUCCUCCCUCAGCCCCGGCGAGAGGAGGGGCUGUUCCCGGGGACGGGGAGGCGGGGGCGUGAUUCCCCGAGACGGUCCCGGUGCUGUUCCUGGAAUAACAUUCCCAAAUUCUUUCCCAGGGAUAAGUUCCCAAUGCCGUUCCCGGGAACACGUUCCGGGGAUUACAUUCCCGUUUCCGGGGAUACACUCCCAAGGAUGAUGGGGCUCCCGGCGGCGCUCUCAUGGAUAACAUUCCCAGUGCCGAUGCCCGGCGCCGAUCUCAGGAUACCAUUCCCGGGUAUAAGCUUGGGCGUGCUGUUCCUGGGAGUUCCAUUCCCGUGUCUCUAUUCCCGAUACCAAUGCGCGGUGCCAUUCCCAUGAAUAACAUUCUCGAUACCGAUUCCCGGUGUCGUUCUCAUGGCAAGCGUUGCCGGAGGCGAUGCCAGCUGCAGUUCCAGGGGGUUCUAUUCGUGAUCCACUGCCCGUUCCCUGGGGCGAUGCCCCAUGCCGUUGCCCCCGUUCCUGGUGCCCGUUCUCAGAGCUGAUGCCCGGUGCCGUUCCCCGGGGGUUCCUCUCCCGGUGCCUGUUCCCGUUCCCGGGGGCGGGGGCAGGUAGCGGCAGGUGCGUGGAGGCCGGGCCGUUGGCGGGGGCGGGGCAGCAGCGCCGGUGCUCGCACCGGCCGAGCUGCUGCCGUUGCCACCGCCGUUGCCGCCGCCAUGGCCGGUACCGGAGCCCGGUGGAUGCCGCUGGCGCUGUGUCUGGCUGUUGCCGUGUCACCGGGGCGCACCGGAGAGCAGCUACACGUCUGCAAGGAGUCCGAGUACCACUAUGAGUACACAGCCUGUGACAGCUCAGGAUCCCGCUGGAGGGUGGCUGUACCGCACACACCUGGACUCUGCACCGGCCUGCCUGACCCUGUCAGGGGCACUGAAUGCUCAUUCUCCUGCAAGGCGGGUGAGUUCCUGGAGAUGCAGACACAGACAUGCCGGCCUUGUGCUGCGGGCACCUACUCGCUGGGCACUGGUGUCCGCUUUGAUGAGUGGGACGAGGUGCCCCAUGGCUUCGCCAACGUGGCCACCAACCUGGAGGUGGAUGACGGCUUUGGCGAUGCGGCAGAGAACUGCACAGCGUCAACGUGGGUGCCACUGGGGGACUACGUGGCCUCCAACACAGAUGAGUGCACGGCCACUCUCAUGUAUGCUGUGAGCCUCAAGCAGUCGGGGACUGUCACCUUUGAGUACAUCUACCCUGACAGCAGCAUCGUCUUCGAAUUCUUUGUGCAGAACGACCAGUGUCAGCCCACAGUGGAGGAGUCCCGCUGGAUGCGGACGACAGAGAAGGGCUGGGAAUUCCACAGCGUGGAGCUGAGCCGUGGGAACAACGUGCUGUACUGGCGGACCACUGCCUUCUCUGUCUGGUCCAAGGUGCCUAAACCGGUGCUGGUGAGGAACAUCGGCAUUACAGGGGUGGCCUUCACUUCCGAGUGCUUCCCCUGCAAGCCCGGCACCUUCGCCCCCACCGCCGGCUCAACCACCUGCCAGCCCUGUCCCGCCGACACCUUCUCUGGCAAAGGGGCCACCGCGUGCCAGCCCUGCGACCCUGACACCUAUGCCGAGCCCGGCUCAGGGUCCUGCAAGCCACGCCCGCCCUGCACGGACAAGGAUUUCUUCUACACCCACACGGCCUGCGACGCUGGUGGGGAGACCCAGCUGAUGUACAAGUGGGCAGAGCCCAAGAUCUGCAGCGAGGAGCUGCCGCAGGCGGCCCGGCUGCCAUCCUCGGGGGUCAAGACCCGAUGCCCCCCCUGCAACCCUGGCUUCGCCAAAGGCAACAGCAGCACCUGCCAGCCCUGUCCCUAUGGCUUCUAUUCCAAUGGCUCCGCCUGCCUCAGUUGCCCAGAGGGCACUGAGCCGGUGCUGGGCUUGGAGUACAAGUGGUGGAACGUGCUGCCCCCCAACAUGGAGACCACUGUGCUCAGCGGCAUCAACUUCGAGUACAAGGGCAUUGCAGGCUGGGAGGUAGCUGGAGACUACAUUUACACAGCAGCUGGAGCCUCUGACAGCGACUUCAUGAUCCUCACACUGGUGGUUCCUGGCUUCAGCCCUCCAAGCCCAGUGCUGGAGGACACAGAGAGCAGGGAGGUGGCCAGGAUCACCUUCGUUUUCGAGACACUGUGCAGCGUUGGCUGUGAGCUCUACUUUAUGGUGGGUGUCAACUCACACACCAACACUCCGGUGGAGACAUGGACAGGCUCCACAGGGAAACAAUCCUACACCUACUUGGUGGAGAAAAAUGCGACCAUGAGCUUCACCUGGGCCUUCCAGCGCACCCCCUACCACGAGGCGGGCCGGCGGUUCACCAGUGAUGUGGCCAAGCUGUACAGCAUCAACGUCACCAAUGUGCAGGGGGGGGUGGCCUCCUUCUGCCGCCGCUGUGCCCCCCAGCCCACUGGGUCCUGUGCCCCGUGUUCCCCUGGCAGUGCUGUGGACCCGAGCUCAGGCACCUGUCAGCCCUGCCCACCUGGCACCUACCUGCAGGGCCACCCCUCUGACGGGACACCCACCUGCCACCCCUGUGGCCCUGGCACACACAGCAACCAGCUGCGAUCACUAUGCUACAACAACUGCAGCCUGGUACUGGCACUGCCAGGCCGGAUGCUGCACUUCGAGUUCCCGUCGCUGGGCCAAGGUGCCGGGGUGGGCACUGGGCCCAGCUUCACCCCCAAAGGGCUGCGCUACAGCCAUCACUUCCGCCUUAGCCUCUGUGGGCACCAGGGCAGGAAGAUGGCCUCAUGUGCUGACAAUGUGACAGCAGGUCGGGGGGGCCCUGCCCGUGUUGUCACCUCUUAUGUGUGCCAGGCCAUUCUGGUGCCCCCUGAUGUCACCGGUGCCCACGCAGCUGUGUCUUCUCAGCCCGUCAGCCUGGGUGACCACUUGCUGGGUGUCACCACCAGCUCUGUGCUGGACGGCAUCGUGUCUCCCCCAGAGCACUUCCCCCCCAGCCACCCUGACCUGCCUGACAUCAUCUUCUUCUUCAGGUCCAAUGACAUGACACAGCCCUGCAGUGGUGGCCGGGCCACCACCAUCCGCCUACGCUGUGACCCCCUGCGCCUUGGCACUGGCACCCUGGCUGUCCCCAGCAAAUGCCCCGAGGGCACCUGCGACGGCUGCACCUUCCAUUUCCUGUGGGUGACGGCCGAGGGGUGUCCCCGCUGCUCCAGCUCCCACCACCGCGCUAUCGUCGGCGCCUGUAUCGGCGGCGUUCAGGUACCGCCCCGUGCCCCGGGCUGGGCUACAAUUCCUACGGCCCCUGAACCCCCUUUCCCUCCAUCAGAAAACCACCUACGUGUGGCGGGAGCCCCGGCUGUGCCACGGCGGGGACGCCCUGCCGCCGCAGGUGAUCCAGGCGUGCCGGAGCGUGGAUUUUUGGCUAAAAGUGGGAAUUUCCACUGGGACGUGCGUGGCCGUCUUGCUGGCCGCGCUCGCCGCUUAUUUCUGGAAAAAGACUCAAAACUGGUGAUGGACGCGGCGGCCCGGGAGACCGACGCGACGUCGCCCGACAGCUGCGCCAUUAUGGAGGGGGAGGACGCGGAGGACGAGCUGCUCUUUGCAACCGAAAUGUCACUUUUUGGAAAACUUAAAGCCCUGACGGCCAAGCGGAUGCCGGAUGGAUUCGACUCGGUCCCGCUCAAGACCUCAUCCAGCAGCACCGAUCGGGAGCUGUAAGAGGACAGGGGGCAUCUUGCAUCCCCCAGCCCUCCCGGGAGCUGUGACGGGCCAAAGGGGCACCCACGGACACCCCGCCCCCGGGCAGCUGUGAAGGGAAGGGGGGGUACCCACGGCCCAUCCCCCCGCGCCCUCGACGUGGCCUUAGGGACCCGCUUCGGACCGGAGCCUCGUUACGGCUUUUGUACGUGUGUCCCCACCCGCGCCCCCCACCGUGUGCUCCCCAUCCCAAGCACCCAAAAAUGCCAAAUACAGGAGUGGGGUUU